AUGAUAUAUGGCGGUGGGCGCAGGCGAGAGCAGAGCAGCGGGUGGCGCGAGUCGGUCACGGUGGCGCGAUCGCGAUUCGCGGUGCGAUCCGGUGCACGUGCUCGUUGGGCGCUCGCGGCACUCCGACGACCCUUAGCUCAAGGGUUUAGCCCGGCGCUCGACGUCGCCUGCAUCGCGUCCCGGUCGGCCUUUAUGAACUCAUCUGGGCUGUGCGAUCGCGAUCGUGGCACGUCCAUGUGCACCGCAGGGGCUCGCUUCGCGCUCAUCGGGCGCGUAUAUUUCUACGAUCGUCGCUCGCUAAGCAGCUGGCACCCGGUCGACAAAGUCGGGCUCUAA